AAUUUUAUUUUUAUACCCACACACGAUCCAAUAUAUAGCCCUUUGUUUCUAGUUUCUCUAUACACAUCUCACAUCCUCUCUCUUUCUCUCUUCUAACUUUUUUUAUAUAUCAAAAGAACCCUAGAAGCCGAAGAAUCUCUUACUCGUUGUCGGAUUACCAGAUUUGUUACUCGUUUGAUAAUCAUUAUCAAAGAAAUAUGAUUAACUUUGAGGCGACGGAGCUGAGGUUAGGACUGCCGGGUGGUAGUCACGGAGGAGAAAUGUCCGUAAAAAAUAAUGGGAAAAGAGGAUUUUCUGAGACCGUUGAUCUCAAACUGAAUCUUUCAUCGACUGUUUCCGAAGCUGAUUUAGAGAAUAUGAAGGAGAAGGUCGUAAAACCACCAGCAAAGACACAAGUUGUGGGAUGGCCACCGGUACGAUCUUUCCGCAAGAACGUCAUGUCCGGCCAAAAACCGAUCACCGGAGAUGCCGUUGAAGGAAACGAUAAGACUCCCGGCAGCAGUGGAGCCACUUCAUCCGCCUCCGCAUGUGCCGCUGCGGCUUACGUGAAGGUUAGCAUGGACGGCGCACCGUACCUAAGAAAAAUCGACCUGAAACUCUACAAAACUUACCAAGAUCUAUCCAACGCCUUGAGCAAAAUGUUCAGCUCUUUUACCAUAGGCAACUAUGGACCACAAGGAAUGAAAGAUUUUCUGAACGAGAGUAAAUUGAUCGAUCUUCUAAACGGAUCAGAUUAUGUUCCAACUUAUGAAGAUAAAGAUGGUGACUGGAUGCUCGUAGGAGACGUACCAUGGGAGAUGUUUGUUGAUUCAUGCAAACGUAUACGAAUAAUGAAGGGAUCAGAAGCAAUCGGACUUGCUCCAAGGGCAUUAGAAAAGUGCAAGAACAGAAGCUGAGAGUUCUUGACGACAUUUCUUGUUCUUACCCAAAAAAGGAAAGAAAGACCGGUUCGAUCGGUUGGAUAUCUCAAACCGAGAAAAGCCAAACCGGCUCGAAACUACUGUUCCGAGCAGGGAGUUUGCGUAUGAUAUUAAUAAGUUAUAAUAAUAUUAAUAUUGUGAUGUAUUACAUUUUUAAUUUUUUUUUUAAAACCGUUUUUGUUAUAUGUAUUAUAUAUAUGCAUAUAUAUAAACAUGUAUAUUUUAUUAGGUUGCAUCUAUUUUCGUUUAAAACAAUUUUUGUUUUUACGCAUUUAUCGUGUUGUCUAUAUGGUCAGUGUCCGUAAGGCAUCUUAAUGUGUUACUUUGACGUGUCAAAAUUACUAUUCACGUUUAUAGUUCUCAUAAUUA